AUGACUGAGAAAAGGCCAUAUUUCGGGUUGACGGGUGGAUGGCUCACUUUUUGGAUUACGGUUGCUUGUGCGACUGAUAUGUCUUUGUUUGGGUAUGAUCAGGGAGUCUUCAGUGGCGUGGUUAUUACGCAGGAUUUUCUCGAAGUGCAUGAUCUAGUCGGGCCUUCGAAAACGAAGGACUUGUCCACUGUCACAGCAAUUUAUGAUAUAGGCUGUUUCUUCGGUGCGAUUGUUGCGUUCACGAUCGGUGAGCGGUUGGGUAGAAAGAAAGCCAUUCUUCUUGGCACGACUAUUAUGGCCGUUGGUGCUAUUCUCCAGGCUAGUUCGUUCAGUCUGCCGCAGAUGUUUGUUGGGAGGAUUAUUCUUGGUGUUGGAAACGGUAUCAACACAGCAACGGCCCCCAUCUGGCAAACUGAAACCUCGCAAGCAAAAUGGCGCGGCAAACUUGUCAUCCUAGAGAUGAUGAUGAACAUCGCCGGUUUCUGCCUGGUCAACUGGAUAAACUACGGCCUCUCCUUUGCAGGCGGCUCAGUCGCCUGGCGAUUCCCCCUCGCCUUCCAAUUCGUCUUCCUAUUCAUUCUCUGGUCGACGACGCCCUGGCUCCCUGAGUCCCCUCGUUGGCUCCUCGCCCACGGCAAAGAAGAAGAAGCAAUCCAGGUCCUGGCCUGUUUGGAAGCAAAACCUAUUCACGACCCUAUUGUCGUCACUCAGCGGAAUGAAAUCGCAUACAGUAUUCAAUACGAGCGCCAGAAUGCUGUUCGCUGGCGCGAUUUGUUGAAGAAGGAUAAGAAGAACGAUACCAAGACGCUGCGCCGGCUGUUUCUCGGUGUUGGAUCGCAGUUCAUGCAGCAGUUCGGCGGUAUUAAUAUCAUGUCGUAUUAUAUGCCUACCGUACUGACGAACUCGGUUGGUUUGCCUGAGAAGAUGGCUCGGCUGCUGUCUGCUUGUAAUGCGGUUUCUUAUUUGGUUUUUUCGGGGAUUGCGGUUCUGUUGGUUGAGAGGAUGGGCAGAAGAGGACUGAUGAUUCUUUCGACUUUUGCCCAAUUUAUUUGUUUCCUCGUUAUCACGAUUCUCUUGAGAUACUCGGAAGUCAGUGUUAAUGGGCAGACUUAUGCUAAUGCCUCCGUUGCGUUCUUCUUUCUUUAUUAUGGCGCUUUUGGCAUCGGCAUGCUCGGUGUGCCGUGGUUGUAUCCUACUGAGAUCAACUCCUUGCCAAUGCGCACGAAGGGUGCUGCGGCUGCGACCGCUACUGACUGGAUCACAAACUUUAUCGUCGUGGAAAUCACUCCGAUCGGCAUUCAGAGUAUUGGCUGGAAAUUCUGGAUAGUUUGGACAGUGAGCAAUGCUGCUUUCCUGCCAAUUCUCUACUUCUUCUACCCGGAGACCGCAAACCGAAGUCUCGAGGAUCUCGACGCUUACUACCGCUCCGAUCCAUCGUUGAUUGUGACAGGCGAUCCGGAUGCCAUUUGCCGUAAACGUCCGCUUAAAUACAUCCAGCGCGAAGAUGAAGAGCUCGAGAGAACUGCCGUGGUGAAGGGUGUCAUGCCCGUUGGGGAGCAUGUUGAGUGGGUUGAGACCAAGUAG